AUGGAUGAAUACACCGAAGACGCGGUCGUCAACCGCAACGAACCCGUUCCCGUAAUCUCUGUCAGGCAGCAAAACCACGGCUCCUCCACUGAAACUUCGGCGGGUCACCGGCGCUCCACCUCAAGCAGUGGUCGCUCUCUGCAGGACAAAUUGUUCGCAAAGCUCCUUCAGCAAGUCAUCCCCGCCGAGGACGUUGACGAUGAAUCGACGUCAGCCGACAGACAGGCCGGCGCCGAUGCCAAGCGACCCGCCUUCAGUUUGCCGCUGAUGGCGAACAACUUCCGCAGAUUCAAUGCGAGAAUUGGGAUUGUAUUCUCCUUUCAGAACCAACUGGAGCGGCUCUUUAGUUGGAAGCACUCGUCCCAUACCUUUUCAUUCCUCUUCGUAUACUCCUUUGUUUGCCUCGAUCCUCAUUUACUUGUGAUCAUUCCCAUCGCGUCGAUUUUGCUGUUUGUGAUGGUCCCCGCCUUCCUGGCGCGACACCCCCCGCCACCGUCGACCUCUACCUCUAGUAUUACGCCAUACUACUCGUACCAGGGGCCGGCGCUGGCGCCGGCCAAAACCAUCAAACCGGCCUCGGAAACCUCGAAAGACUUCUUUCGGAACAUGAGGGAUUUACAGAACGUCAUGGCCGAUUUCUCCGAUAUGCACGAUGCUACCGUGUCUGUGUUUGCGCCCUUGACUAACUUCUCGAAUGAAAAGCUAUCCUCGAAUGUGUUCCUUUUGUGCACGAUCAUUACCGUUCUGCUGUUUGUGUGUGCUCAUUUCUUCCCAUGGCGGUACAUCCUCCUAGUUGGCGGUAAUGCGGCCGUCCUGUCCAACCAUCCGAGUCUGCAGGACUUUAUCCAGGGCGUGAUAGGUGAACUCGCGGACCACACCGCAGACCAAUCCCCCGGAUCCAAUUUCAUCAAGAAAGACGCAUCGGACAUGUUGGGCCUACCACCCACGCCAUCUGCAACUAUGUCUCUACUGGGCUCGUUGACUGAUAUCUCCUUGGAUUCGUUCCCCGAGGAACGUGAAGUCGAGAUUUUUGAAAUCCAAUAUCGAUCUCUUGCCCCGUAUUCUGAGUCGCAGUGGGAACACUUCGUCUUCAGCUCUAUGCCCUAUGACCCUUUAUCACCACUUCGAAUCGCAGGCGACCGACCCAAGGGAUGUCGGUUCUUCGAGGAUGUCCAGGCUCCUCGGGGCUGGGCCUGGAAAAGUAAGAAGUGGGAGCUGGAUCUGGAUUGUCGGGAAUGGGUUGUGGAGCGCAUGAUCACCGGAGUCGGGUUCGAGGUCUCGGCCAGCGACUCGGAAAGCCCUAUGGCUAAUGAGGAAGUUGGGGGCUGGGUUUGGGAUCUCCCAUCCACGGUGCCCCCUAAAAAUGAGGAUGAAAUGACCACGACUUUAGGCUACGACGACUACGAGCAAUCGAGCCAAAAAUAUUCCUCGAAGGGGGAGAGCAAGAAAGGAAAGAAGAAGAUGAAGGGGCGAGCCUCGCAGGACUACGAAGAGAAGGGAGGUAUUGGAUCCAACGCGAUGGGAGAAUGGAGGCGAAGGCGAUGGGCCCGUAUUGUGCAUCGGAUAAGUAUGCCAACCGAGCCGGACAAACCCCGAAGCUCUGACGAGGUCAAAGAU